CACCACGCGACAAGAGUAGAUACAAGAUGGCGACCAUUUUAGUAUCAGAGGAAUAAGUGCCGUGAAGGAUAGAAAAAGCCAUGCCGUGGGACCGCCCCGUUUCUGAGCUCGCCAUGGUGAUCUGAAGCCCCAGUGUGGACGUGUCACACCCACACUCACCUACCCACAGACACGCACACGGACGGAGCCACCUAGCAAGUGUGUGCGAUGGACAGGUGUAAGCACGUGGGGAGGCUCAGGCUGGCCCCAGACCACUCCAUCCUCAACCCCCAGAAGUGGCACUGCGUGGACUGCAACACCACAGAGUCAGUGUGGGCCUGCCUGGGCUGUGCCCACGUUGCGUGCGGCCGCUACAUCGAGGAGCACGCCCUGCAGCACUUUCUGCAGCAUCGCCACCCGCUGGCCAUGGAGGUCAACGAGCUCUAUGUCUUCUGCUACUUGUGUGACGACUAUGUGCUCAACGACAACGCGACGGGAGACCUCAAGCUGCUGCGCUCCACGCUCAGCGCCAUCCAGAGCCAGCGCUACGAGGUCACCACUCGCUCAGGACGCACCUUGAGAUCGGCUAGCGCCCCGCCCGAUGCCCCCCAGCCCUGCGGCUCCAGUGAACUGCAGCUGAGGGACGAGGACCGCAUGUUCACGGCGCUCUGGCACCGCCGCCGGGCACUGAUGGGUCGAGUGUUCCACACCUGGUUCAGCAUGACGGAAGGGGGGAAGAGGAGGGAAGAGGAGGAGAGGCAGAGAGAGGAGGAGGAGGAGAGGCGGAAGGAGUUGAGGGAGAGGAGGAAGACGUUGAAGAGGCAGCUACAGGAAGCGUUGGAGAGCGCCCCACCAAGGAAGAGCCACCGCCUGAGGAGAGCCAGUCAGAGAGCUGCUGCCGCCGCCGCUGUCACCCCCCGCCCCACACGAACACGUACCCCCAGCACCACUUACACACCCCAGACUCCCCUCACCCCCCGACCAAGAACCCAGAGCCCCGCCACUCCCACCCCCAAGAGAAUGGGCCGCCCCCCUAAAACCCCCGCGCCCAAACCCACUCGCUACUCAACCCCCUCUUCCUCCACCAAAGGCAAACCCAGAGCCUCCUCUGUCCAAGCCCUGACUGCCCCCUCCCCAGCCCCCCCCUGUGCCCCCUCCAAACAGGGCGACUCGCCCCUCAAACGGCGGCCCACUGUCACUCCGGGUGUCACGGGCCUGCGUAACCUAGGCAACACAUGCUACAUGAACUCCAUCCUGCAGGUGCUGAGCCACCUUCACAUCUUCAGGGAGUGUUUCCUCCGGCUGGAGCUGCUGGCCGUUCACGGCCAGCUGUUGGUUCCCAGCCCCGGGGGCCCAGUGUCGUCCUCCCCACUGGCCCAGAGGAGAGGCCCCCAGGUGGGCGUUGGGCUAAGUGGGGGGGCCUCCAGAGCCCGGAGUAUGGAGCUGAUUCAGCCCAAGGAGCCCAGCUCCAAGCACAUCUCCCUGUGCCAUGAGCUGCACACACUCUUCCAGGUGAUGUGGUCGGGCAAGUGGGCGUUGGUGUCGCCCUUCGCAAUGCUGCACUCGGUGUGGCAGCUGAUCCCAGCCUUCCGGGGCUACGCCCAGCAGGAUGCCCAGGAGUUCCUGUGUGAGCUGCUUGACAAGGUGCAGCACGAGCUGGAGAGCACAGGGACUCACACGCCACCCGCUGGUGUGUCAACCGGACAGAGACAUCUCAUCAAGCAGGUGCUCAGCGUAGUCAACACCAUCUUCCAUGGUCAGCUCCUCAGCCAGGUGACGUGUCUUGCAUGUGACCACCGCUCCAACACGGUGGAACCCUUCUGGGACCUAUCGCUGGAGUUCCCUGAGCGUUACCAUAGCAACAGCCGGGAGAGCGCAGCGCAGGUCUCGUGCCAGCUGACGGAGAUGCUGGCCAAGUUCACGGAGACCGAAGCCCUGGAGGGAAACAUCUACGCCUGCGACCAGUGCAACAGUAAGCGGCGGAGGUUCUCCUCCAAGCCCGUCAUCCUGACUGAAGCUCAGAAACAGCUGAUGGUUCACAAACUGCCUCAGGUCCUGCGCCUGCACCUCAAACGCUUCAGGUGGUCUGGGAGAAACCACAGGGAGAAGAUUGGGGUCCACGUCAGCUUUGACCAGCUCCUCAACAUGGAGCCAUACUGCUGCAGAGACCCCUCCCCCAAGGGCUCGCCAUGCUCCAGUCCUGCCCCCGCCAGCUCCCCAAGCCCCAAACACUUCCUGUAUGAACUGUCCGCUGUGGUGAUGCAUCAUGGGAAGGGCUUCGGCUCUGGCCACUACACUGCCUACUGCUACAACAAAGAAGGAAGGUUCUGGGUCCACUGUAAUGACUCUAAGCUGAACGUGUGUUCUGUGGAGGAGGUGUGUCGCGCCCAGGCCUACAUACUCUUCUACACGCAGCGCUUCACUCAGGACAAAGACAGGCCGCUAUAGGACCAGAACCCACUGAGCCCCGCCCCAAAUCCUCCUCCUUUGUACCUCAGCAGUCCAGUGACAUGUCAUCAUCAGCAUUACCACCACCACCAAAACAUCUCAACCCCUCCUCUCUCAUACUCUUUCUUUGUGGGCAUUUUAUCUCCUCUGGGGGGAGGAAUGAUUCAUUGUAUCAUUAUUUUUCUAAGAGAGACAAAGGACACAAACUCCUUUUUUUUGUCUUUGUGAAUUUCUUGUACAGGUUGUUUAUAUGGGUUUUAAAAGAAAAGGAAAUCGUG